UACGCCAUAAACUAGUACUCGUUGGGCCGAAGGUCCAGUGUCCAGUUCUAGUUGACCUCCGAUAGGGAACAGCAUCACAUCAGAAUGUCACGAAGUGGCGGUUCGGUUUGCAUUCCUCUACUGCUCCUCCUUCUCCUUGCAUUGUGUUCGUUGGUCUCCACAAAACCAAUGCUAGAUCAGGAAGGCACCUCAAAGAGUGAGGAAGGACCGAAGGAAGAGCUAUCACAGGAAUCGAAAGCCAUCGCUCUCAUCCACCAUCUCACCUAUCUGAUUGACUACCUUGUGCGUUACGUACUGGGCGCUAGUGACCGCAAAACGCCUCAGGAUGCCGCAGACUACUACCAGUCCGCGCUGGUCGAGGGGAAGGACGAGAAUGGACAAACCGGUGCCCAGUACCGACCGAGCAAAGAGCGUGCCCAGCAGGAAAUGCAAAUCAUAGAUCAGCUGAUGAAAAGCUAGGUCUAGAUGCCCAAUACCACUACUACUACUAACAUCGUUUCA